AUGGAUGCGCGACGAGAUGCGGAUAAGAGGACGGAGGAUGUGGUGAGGAAGCCGGAGGCUGUUGCGAAGAGGACCGAGACGAGGGUUUUGGAUGAACAGCCUAGACCUCAGGAGCCGAUGAGCAUGAGCGCCGGUGGUGACAAGGGACGGUUGAGGGGUGGCGGAGAUACAGGUGCCAUUUGCUGCGGGAUAUGCGCGGGUCUUGCCUGUUUCGAAUGCCUUGACUGCUGCUGCUAA